AAGAUGAGUGACUACGCGAUCAGCUUCAUCAAAGACUUUCUGGCCGGCGGGAUUGCCGCUGCCAUUUCCAAAACUGCAGUAGCGCCCAUCGAACGGGUGAAGUUACUGUUACAGGUCCAACAUGCCAGUAAGCAGAUCACAUCAGAAACACAAUACAAGGGGAUCUUGGACUGCGUUGUGCGCAUUCCCAAAGAGCAGGGAUUUUUAUCUUUCUGGCGUGGAAACCUGGCCAAUGUGAUCAGGUAUUUCCCAACUCAGGCCCUUAACUUCGCCUUCAAGGACAAGUAUAAGCAAAUCUUCCUUGGGGGCGUCGAUAAGAAGACGCAGUUCUGGCGUUACUUCGCCGGGAAUUUGGCAUCGGGCGGAGCGGCUGGAGCAACCUCCCUGUGUUUCGUUUACCCGCUGGACUUCGCCCGAACGCGGCUGGCAGCUGAUGUGGGCAAAGGCCUGAACGAGAGAGAGUUCACCGGCCUGGCCAGCUGCAUCACGAAAAUCUUUAAAUCAGACGGCAUUAGAGGCCUGUACCAGGGAUUUAACGUCUCUGUCCAAGGCAUCAUCAUAUACCGAGCUGCCUACUUUGGAGUCUAUGAUACCGCAAAAGGUAUGUUGCCAGAUCCCAAGAACGUGCAUAUUCUGAUUAGCUGGAUGAUUGCACAAACUGUCACAGCAAUGGCGGGACUGGUGUCCUAUCCAUUUGACACGGUCCGUCGGCGGAUGAUGAUGCAGUCAGGUCGGAAAAAAGCUGACAUUAUGUAUUCGGGCACAAUCGAUUGCUGGAGAAAGAUUACAAAAGAUGAAGGACUGAGAGCUUUCUUCAAAGGUGCCUGGUCAAAUGUAUUGAGAGGAAUGGGUGGUGCGUUUGUUCUGGUACUGUAUGAUGAAAUCAAAAAGUAUGUCUAAGAUCCAGUGGCUUCUAUCAACCCAUUUCAUCAUCAUCAUUUUAAAUUAUUCAACAUUAAACAAAAACUGUAUUAUAUUGUAGUAGAUAAUGGUUUAACAAUAAUGAGCGUACCUUUAAGAAAUCAGAUGUCAGAAUAAAAAGUUGCAGGUUGGGGACUCAUUGAAUGUGAAAGGGCUCAGAACAUUAUUAAAAUUUAUAGUCAAACCUUUUGGUUUGUCAUCUAUGUAUUGAAUUCCAUGGCCAAAUCCCCAUGCCAACUCUAUGUUUUAUUUAGGAACUUACCAUUUAUUUUUCCCUGGCUGGUGACUUAUUUCUGUAUUUGUAGUAGAGGGAUAGUUAUAUUCUAAUUUCAAUUAUUAUGCCCAUUGUUUAGCAUUGAUCCUAACUGAAACAAAUGUUAUUUAUAGUCCUAAUUAAAUCAAAAGUAUUUAUUAAGAUUGCUUCAUGUAUACAAUUUUCAAUAAAACUUUUGGUCUUGAAUUGAGCUAAUGCUUAUAUUAACUUCUUGAUCAUGCACUGCGGCAGAGACAAAGCAACUUGAAAUGAAAUUCAAGUUGUAGCAAUAGAGUCUCUGUGGACCACAGCAUAAUUGUUAGUAAGGACAUUACAUUUUCAUGGCAGCGAUUUGCUUUUUUUUUUACAUUUAGUCAAACUUUUAUAUUCCAUUUUUAACAAUAGCUAGGGAUUAACAUAAAGUGCUUAUGCUUAGAAUAGGAACAAGAAUGCAAGAGGACCUUUAUCACAGAUACAUUAGAAAUCAAGUUAGGAAGCAUUAUUUUAUUUUACUGAGCCUUGAUUAGAACCUUAGUUAGACUAUAUAUGGUAUAUGGUGUUCAGCAGAAGUAAGUUUUAGGCAGUACAGAGUUACCAAAUUGAUAAUCAGACCUAAAAGUAGAUACAAAUUGAUGCAUUUUUGUAUUUGGAAUGAGAGGUACCAUUCAUUCCUUAGACCUCUAUCACACCAUGGCUUCAGUCUGUAUCAUCUGCGCGUACACUGUACCAAUUAAUCAUCUAGGCUACUCCAAUAGGAUUUCUGAAGCUCAUGUCAAGUUCACAGGGCCAGUGAGAAACACCAAGUUACAAACCAUUGACUCAGAAACAUAUAAUUGCUCCUCCAAUGACACUGGAUGUAAAUCCUGUAUCUCCAUACCCAAGACCAUUGUGGAAGUGGUUUUAUCAAAAAGAUGGCAAAAUUUCAAGAUGGUUUAACACCAUCUCAAAUGCAAUUUAGUGAUGAGCCAUAAUUGCUCAUGCGUUUACAAUCCAAAACAAAAUUAAGUAGAUGUAGAUCUAAUUUAGUGGGUUUUAUAUUUUAAAUAAAUUAUGCCUUCCAUUGGGAAGGGGUGAAUUCAGAACAGAGCAUAUCUCAGGUUUGUGACUUGCAAGCUAGCAGUGACAACAGGAAGACAUUUUUAAUAGGUGCCACCAAGAAUGUGGAGAAUGUUCUCCUAUAAGCUGUGCAUGCUGUACAAAAUUAAAGCUUCAAGACAAAGUCAAGUUUGGUUAGGUAUAUUAUUGAGGGAAGAUUAUGGAACAAAAAAGCCUAGUGCUGAGCAGAAUAGGAAGUUAAAUUACAUACUCCUAUGCAAUGAAGUCCAGAGGAAAUCCUCUAACAAAAUGAGCUAGGUAGACCAUGACGCAGUUAAGUCCCUGCAGUGACUGGCUCAUUUUUAUCUAAAGAAUCACAAUGUUAUCUUACAAAUGUUCAUUUCUACAUAGCAAAGAAAAUGGUUUUGAAUCACAAAUACCAAUGUAUACAAAUUAAUAUUUUUGUCCUAAAACAAAUUCUGACACUGAAAUUCUUGGAUAUGCUAUAGGUAAAUUUAAAAUCAUAUUAAUAACUUAAGAGUUGGCAGAAAGAUUAAAUUUCAAUGAAAUGUUUGUUUUUUUGUCCCAACAACUAAAAGGUUAUGAGGGAGAAUAGAUCAUAUUACUGAUGAAUAAACACAAACUCAGCUUCACAAAGGAGAGCUAGUUAAAAAUGUGAUGGCUGAAAAAAGAUCAGAACACUUGUUCAGGUUCACUUUCCAAGGAAUAUUUGUUUAUUUUGAAUUUUCUCUCAACUAAAAAUUGAAAGGAAAUGUUAAAAUACCAGGAAAAAUCUCCCAUUUUGUGAAACCAGAUAAAAUACCGCAUUUUGCAAAUGCUCUUUUAUUUAACUUCUUUUUAAUAAUACCUACAUACUUUAUUUUUUUCAUUCUGCCUUUACUGAACCAGAAUCAUAUUUAUUAUUAUGGACUUAAAUGAUGUGUAAUUAUAUAUUUAAUGGCACAUACAAGUGAAAAUUAUAUUCUAGUUAAAAAUAAAACCUUUAACAAUACAGACCCUCUUCCCUCAAUACAUUCAUGCUUUGAGUAGCAAACAUAGGCUAAAGUCUUAUAAGCUACUGCUAUCUAUUCACAUCUUCCAAAAUGUAGUAGUGUAAUCACUUGUGUUUUAGUAUGAUGUCUAUUGGUGAAUCCUCAGAUGGCUGGAGAGGCUGAUCCAGGAUCCACAAAUCCUGGAUACAAGUGGGCAAGCGUAAAUAGUAAUAUAUAUCGUAGUAUGGAAGCAUGACAAAGUUUGUUGCUAGAUAGGAAUUUCCACUUUCGUCUCGAUCUUAAAUUUCUGUCUCUUCAAUGGUCUUGCUCUAUCAGUAUGCUAAAGGUUAAAGCUAUAUACAAUUAAUUGUGUGGUACCAACAGACAGCUGCUUUGACAGAGAUGCCAACAUUUUUAUGGUUAAGGCAUCUGCAGGCUUAAAACAUGACAUAGCAGAAGGAAACAGCUAACUUAAAAUUCUCCUUUGUGGAUGCUGAGGGAAGACUGUGGAGAUUGGUUACUCUUACAACACUUUCUUGGCAUGCUUCCAAUAGCUUACAAAUUACUAACUUUUAAUUAAUGCAUGAUCUUAUCAAGUGGAUUUGGAUAGAAGUAUUUACAUAAUUUAACUGGAAGGAAUGACUGAUGAAUCAUAUUGCUUUAAAUAGAACAUUAUUUUGAUAAACAUUCAACAUAUUUAUAUUAGAUGUAGAAGCUUUAUUUUUAUUGCACAAGUUUCUUGGAAUGCAGCAGGAAGGUUUUGUACUUAAUAUGAUUGCUUAUUGAAAACUUUUCCCAAAUGUAUUGUUGUGCAUUCAACACUCAAUAUUAGAAUGCAAACAAAUACACUGAAAAGUAGUGCUAAUGUUUUAUAAAUUACACAGUGCAAUCUAACAAUUAACACAUUGCUGUUGCCAUACAACACUCAAUUUUUUUUGCCGGUUUCAUCCACAUUUCAAUACAGGUUGAGUAUCCCUUAUCUGAAAUGCUGGGGGGUUGGUCCAGAUUUCUUUUUUUAAAAAAAAAAUUUGUAUCUAUAUAAUGAGAUACAUUGGGGAUGGGACCCAAGUCUAAACACGAAGUCCAGCUGCAUUACACAUACUGCUUAUGUACAGCUGGUGAGAAGUUCUAAGAGUGAAGAGUCCACAUUCAGAGCCCAUACGUACAAACAAGCUGGAUGAACUCAGCAGGUCGGACAGCAUCUGUUGAAAUGAGUGUACUUUGUGUUCACAUUCAGAGCCCGGUCUGACAUAAUAGGGUUUGGUCCACCACAGACAGUCAAGAGUUAAAUGAAUGCCCUGACAGCAACAGUUAUCGGGUUCCAGGGCUGCAACUGGCUUCAUAAUUGCAAUCAAUUUCAAAUAGCCACAACAACUACAAUGUGAGGGGAGGUACUUUUAUAUAUAUUUUUAAACAAUUUUGUGCAUGAAACAAUAACCUUCAAGUUUCAGUUCAUUGUGAUAGAUGUUUGCUUGCUUCAUGAUCAGCCUACCUUUAAGCAGCAUAUAUUUACUCCGACACUGAUGAAUCCACUGAAUACACAAUCAAGAUCUUAAUUUUUCACUUCAUGCAAUGCUUUCCUAUUUUUCAACAACUGUUCGUUACAUACAGUAUGUGUUCACUUCUCAGAAUUGUCUGUGAUGCGAAUUUUCCAUGUCAGCGCUCAAAAACAAAAACGGAUUUUGGAUGUUUUUAGAUUUUGGAAUUUCGGUAAGGGUACUCAAUCUUUAUUGCUAAACAGUAACAUCUAUGAGACACUUUGGAAUGUCAUGUGCCCAUGUUAGAACUUUACAAAUAAAUCAAAAAUUACUUUGUCUGUUAAAACAAAGCAUGAUGUUAUCAACCCCAGAGCUAUACAUUUUUAAAUUUACAAUUGCUACAUGCUACUUCAUUAAACAUAGAUAUUUAAUGCCUCGCUGAACUGAAAUAUGACACCCUCAUACAUUUAGUAUUGGAUCUGUAGUUGUAGUUGAAUUUGUUAUUGGUAUAGUUGUCCAUGGAAUGGCUUAGUUAUUACUGCAUUUUGUGCAACGUUUAUUUAGUUAUUGAUUGAUUGACAUACAUCAUGGAGUAGGCCCUUCUGGCCCUUCAUGCUGUGCUUACCAGCAUUCUCCCAAUUUAAUCAUAGCCUAUUCACAG